AUGGCGGUGAAUAAAAUUAUGAUUACAGCUGGCAUCAUCACUGUGGUGCAGGCGGUUGGACAGCUAAUUUUCACUGGCUUAGGCCUGGCGCAGUACUUCUGCGUCAUCGACUUCCUGCAGGAGCUGCCGCUACUCCUUUACAUCAGGAUAUUAUAUUUUCACAAUCCAGAUCAUUGCGGAUUCCGGAUAAACAUCGGUCACGCUAUCGACGGCAUCGCCGACCAGGCGUUUGUGCUCAUCACUCGCGAGCCACUCCCUGUAUUCCGCACCUUCAUUAUCAACUGCACAAGCGUUGGUCUCAGCACCCUCUGGAUUAUUACCAGCGGCAUCUUGAUGACUGGGGGUGCGAAGAACGCCCGGACAAGGCUUGUGCGGUGGCCGUGGAUCAUCACCACCGUGUUCACGUGCAUCCUGGAUGUCGUUGCCUCGGUAACAUUUAUCAACGACUCCUUUUAUACGAGGACGCUAUCGGACAUAAUGUCGUACGUUGGUGGCAUGGUGAGUGGGAUCGGAAACGCAGAGCUCAACACAGCGUGGGCCGCUUGGGUGAUGACAAUGGUGUACUCGCGUUUCGUCGCACUGUUCUUCACUAACCUGCUGCUGCUCGUGCUGGUGGUGAUCGACGGCAACCUUCAGAGGAGCAAGGCUGACGUGCAAGUGGAAGCUCCCAUUCCAGCUUCCAUUCCAGCUCCUCCCACACCUCCAAUCAUGGCUCCGUUGUCUACGUGUUCGAUACGAGACGAAGAGGCCAGUUUGCCUAGUGAAGAAGUGACUAGGAUACCGCGACCCGGACUCAGUCGUGCCUUCCGUAGGAUGAAGACGCUUCUCUUCAAUCGCCAGGCUACACCCGCGCCACGUCGCUCAUCCGUGCCUGAAUCAUUAGAGCCUACACCUGAAAGAUCCCCUCGAGCGGCGGAUGACAAGAAGAGGACGGUAAAUUUCCCGGAGAAUCUUCUCUCUCUACCGCAAAGGUUGGAGAACUUGAUAGCGGAACAACAGCGAAGGCUGGACCGGGCCGUGAUAGACACUUCGGGGCGGAACGUCCCACGUGCCUCGCAGUCCUUACCGCAGCUCUCUACUGAAACUGAUCAAGACAACAUAACGCCUGAAAUAAACCGCGGAAGGCGCGGUACCGCGGCCGAACUACAGGGCCAAAUGCCUUGGGCUUACAUCCCCGCAUCAGCCCACCGCAUGCGAGACCAGUUGCCGCCUGAUGAAGACUUACCACCCGUCCCGCUGCCUGAUUACACCGCCAUACCCUCGUUUAGGAAAACUUCCGUUCACCGAGCUGCUUCUAGUCUAAGUUCUUUGACGCAGAAAAGGGAGUACCUUGCAGCGAAGGCGGGGCGACGUAAGUCCCCUCUGACGCAGUCGGACGUUCUGUACUAA